UGCAUCUAACCCUUCCAGAAUCAUCACCCAGAGGUGCCCACUGGCUGACCCUGGACACUUCCUAGCUGGCAGACGAUGCAGGGCAAUAAGAAGUGCACAGAUGGCUUCAGCGACUCCUCGAGCAUCGGCAGCGUGCUGGACGAUGCGGACAGGGAGGUCAGCAGCCUUACUGACCGGGCAUUCCGGAGCUUGUGCAUCUCAGAGGACACAUCCUUCAAUGACUCUGACCUGGCCCUGUCCCCAGAUAUCAGUCGCCAAGUGUUUGGGAAUUUUCACCAGGGAAUGGUGAGCCACACCCACAGGAAAAGUGGCAUUUGGACCCAGUUACCAUCACAAGGCACCGAGCAUGCGGGCUGGGCAGCCACGUUCCAGCAGCAGCCUAAGUAUGUGCAAGGGGAGGAAAAGUACCCCAAAAGCAGUCCCCCACUGACACCAGUCCAGAGGAGACUGGAGCUGCCAGUUUCUGGCCUGAGGAGCAACAAGCCGGGUUCCAAAGUGUCGUCCCUAAUUAAGUCUUUUGAUGGUGCUGAGAGCCAGCGCUGCGACAGCAGGCCUCCUACCAGCAAGCCUCCAUCUUUCAAAAAUCCCCCCAAAUUUGCCCCUCUUCCAGAAAGUGGUGUCAACUUCUGCUUCGAUUCUGCCUUUCUGACUGUCAGGAGAGUGCCCGCGGAAGUCUCCAGCACCCAUCAGAGCAGCCACCAGUCUGGUAGGAAGCCUGGAGAGCAGGAGCCCCCCAACAAUCCUGACCUGGCCUGUCACAGCUCCAGCAGCUUCCUCCCGACACCUGAGGAUGCUGCCAACUCAUUUGAGUCGAGGUUCCCCUCUCCGCCCCACAAGCCAGUCGCUUGUGAGCCGGGACGAGGCAAGGAGUGGGUUCACAAGGGGACCUUUCUUCACAGUGAAAACAGUGCCUUUGAGUCCUGGAAUGCCCACCAACCAAGGCUGCUUGAGAGAAAGGAUGUGACUGAUGCUUCCCCGGAGAGCAAAGCUCCCAAACACUAUGAGGACACGGCCUCGUUAAGAGAGCACCAUGCCCCUGAGCACAAAGUCUCUCCCUGCCAAGCCCGGAUCAGCUGCAAUCAGGAAGAGAACAGACUGGCAGGAGGCGCUGUCUCCACAUCUGGAACCUGGGGACCUAGGGAUCCAGGGUCCCAGGUAUUCACCAUGGAGGGAAAAGCUUCCAGCUGCCAGCCUGAACCUCAGAUGAAAUCGACCCAGGUCCCAUGGAGGAAACCAAAGACUGGCAAAGGAGGUCAACGAGCAAAAGAAAAUCUACAAGAUGCUUCAGAUGAAAAGAAGCAGACCAACAGGAGAAGCUCAGGCUUAUACAGCAAGCACAAUCCCCAGGGGCAAUUUCCAGAAAAUGAUGUUCUUGACAUGCCUGCCAACCCUGAUGAGCAUUACAGUCCACCUUUCAACAUCAGUAAGCUCCUGACCCCCAUCAUACCCACCAAGCACAUCCUGGAUUCAUCCGACAGCCUGCCUAAAGAGCUCACCCCCUCACCCCCCGGACAGAUAAAUGGAUACCAAGAGAAGGAGCCCAGUGAAGGUCAGUCUCGGGACAGCUACAAAUCCAAAGUCCCCAGCCUGCUCUUCAACCUCAAGGAUGUGCGCAAGUGUGUGAAGAGCACAUACAGCCCCUCUCCUCUCCUAAAAGGCCUGGACGAGAAGACCAGAAGCAAGCAAGAACCCAUGAGCAACGGCGUCAUCCUUCCCAAUGGCUGUGAGGAAAGUCCUCUGGGGGAGCUUUCUGAGGAGAGACCAGCUAAUGCCCUUUCUGGGUCACAUGCCAGUACCCAGAAGGACCCCAAAGCCAACCCCACUGCAAGCUCUGCAGACAACUCUCUAACCCUUCGUUCGCCUCCAACUCCCACCAAAGCCCCCUUCUGUGUCAACAGGGAGCCUGCCGACGGGAACAGUUAUGAGAAGGAUGACACUGAUGGCGAAUCGGAUGAGGGUGCCGCCAGGUCCAGUUGGUGUCCAGACUCCAGGGAACACUGCGCCCGGAAGCACCUGUCACUGCAGCUUUGCCCUAGAGAGCCCGACGCAGGGAAGACCGCAGAGGAACCCAAGGCUCCCAGCCUAGAGAGUGGGUUCGUGAGGUCUGUUUCUCAGGAGACAGAACCGGAGAGAGAGGCAGGACUCCAGGAUCCAAACUUCAAUCAGAAAUUCUCCCCAGGACCCCUCUCUCCCGAGGAGGAAGAUGUGUUCUAUAGUGACAGCCAGUCAGAUUUUAUACCGGGCCUCAAAAGUAAGGCCAAAUUCAGCACGAGCUCUUCAGAUCAGUCCUUUGCCUCAUUCGAGGAUCAGCAGAAGACAUGGUUCACUGAGGGCCAGCGGGAAGACAGGAGGAAUGACGUGGGUGCAGGAGACAGUGAGAAGGACCAGGGGAAAGUGAUGGGGACAGAUGAGCUGCAGCACCAGGCCCUCAGUAACGGGGAUGAGUGCACCGAGGAGCUCAGCCAGGGCGGAUCGCUGCCAGGGGAAGGGGAGAGAUUGUCUGGAGGUAGACCCAGGAGGGCAUCUAGGGAGGAAGAUCAUUUCAGAGGCAGUAGGAUCGGGCGAAGUAAGGAUACUGCCUUGUCAUAUGCCAAAGACCUUACCCCCUCGCCAUCUUCUGCUUUAAACAAGCACAAACUAUUUGCAAUUAAAGACAACACCCUCAGGGCCACCCCUGUGAUCAAACCCAUCAUGCUGCCUCUUCUGAGGACCAUGUCCUCGGAGGAUCCCCUUGGCAGUGGUCACAAGGAAGGGGAAUUGCCAAGACCAGGCUGGGGUGAGGACACUGGUCUUUGUAUCCCUGAAAGCCAGGGAAGGCGCAGCACCCAGACACCUGCUAGCAGGCGGGGCACACACUUGAAGCAUGUAGGUGGUGAGGGCAUGGAGGACCUCGGGCAAGUGUCCAGCACGGUGAGGACAGAGACUUCUCAGCCAGCUCUAAAAGGAAAUGCUCCAUUUCCUCUGUUUCUGGAGGAGGGUGAAGGGAUGAAGCCACCCCCAGAGGCUGCGCGGGAAGGUGUGGUAAGUGAUGGCAAGAGUAGAUUCACAGAGGAAGGGAGACCGGAUGCUCCAAGGUGCAUCCCCACAAUUGCUUUGCCUGAAGACGACUUAGAAGACCAGCCACCCCCACAGCAACUUGGAGCCUGUUGGGAAGAGCAGGUGCAAGAUUUCAAAAGUCACUUCUUAUCUACACCAAGAGCAGGGUUCCAGGGGAGAAGAUUGGUCCCCAGUGAGACGGCAGCUUCCCCCAACUCCAGUUCCCUGGACGAGAGCAGCGCAUGCUCCCCUGCUACCAGCUGCAUGUGGGACAACGCUUCCCAGGCCCCUGGCAGCCCCUGGGCCAGCCCUGGCCCUGCCAGGGUGACCCGGAGGGAGGACCUGACACAUGCCCUCAUGUGGGAGACUGGCUGUGACCCCCUUCUUGAGCCAUCAGGAGAAGACUUCAGGACGCUCUCUCCAAGAAGCUCAUUGCUAGAUGUGGCCGCCUGCUUGUCAGGCCUCCCUGAAAAACCGGAGCUUCCUACUCAGCUGGAGAGGGCAGCUGGCAAGCCGCCUGCAGUCCCACCUAAAACAGAGAAGGCCCUGCGGCGGGCAAAGAAGCUGGCAAGCAAGAGGAGAAAGACUGACCAGACGCAGGAAAAGCGUGGUGAACCCCGGGAGGAGAAGCCCCACCCAGAGGAUUCAGAGUACAGGCCUCCAUCUCCCACAGAGAGGCCCCAGCCUAGGUUUCCUGCUGUUCGUUCCCUGCCCGCUCCUGUGCACCGCCACUCAGUGUCUGCCUUCUCAGAAGCCAUCAGGGGGCAGCCUGGGGAUUCUCAGUCCUUCACGCCCCCACCCCCUUACCCUGCCACCCAGAAGGUUCUCCAAGACCCCCAAUCUGGAGAGUAUUUUGUCUUCGAUCUGCCCCUCCAGGUGAAAAUCAAGACCUUCUAUGACCCGGAGACAGGCAAAUACAUCCAGGUCUCCAUCCCAUCCUCUGAGGGGGGCUCCCCAGAGCUGCCCCCACCAGACACACUUGCUGCUCCCUAUGUGCUGUACCCCGGCUUCCAAGCCCUGCCUGUAACAGCCUUGACACCUCUGCGCUGCUCCUCACAGCUCUCGGCCCCCACCUUCCUGAGGCAGGGCGCCCUUGACAGGGAGGCAGCUCAUUCUGGGUCCCAGAGGCCCCACCAUCCUGGGCUGCUGCCAGUCCCUGGGCCUCACGGUGACCACCCAGCAGGCACAUGUCCUGAGGGGCCCCCCCAGAGCCCGGGGGAGGAGGGGGGAAGUGCUGCAAACCUGGGCAUCAUCUCCACCGACGACCUGGAGGACUUUGCCACAGAAGGCAUCUCCUGAGAAUUACAGCAGAC